AUGCACGCCGAGUAUGUUUCCAUCGCGAGCACCGUUGGGGCGGCGAAGGGCCUUCAGUACUCAGCAGGUCUCGAUGGCGACCGGAGACCGAGCGACGCCAAAAAGGAUAUGUGUGUGGAUGUGUGGACAGUUGCUGAUGGGUUCGCCUGUGCGGUGUCCGCCACGUGGGCGAGCCCUUUGCAGCUGGAACUUGCAUGCCGCCGUUGCACGCUGUUGCAUGCUGCGGCUUUGCUGCUGCUACAUAUACAGCUGCGUGCAGAGGCGCAAUGUAUACCUAUAUGCUGCCCUGCAGCUGCCGGGCCGUUCGAAAUCCUAGGUAUCAUGAACUUUUUGUUGAGCUGCUGGCAAGGGCAAUAUUCGCCAUCCGGAACCAACGGUCACCCAACCAGAACCAACCAACAGAGUAUUAGGGACUGCACCGCCUGA